AGAGAGCAGAGCGGAGAACGUCGUGGGAAGGGAGUGCGAGCAGGAGGAUCGAGGGCCAAGCGAAAUGGCUGAAAUCAUGAGGCAUAUGACGCUAUAUACAGCACGAAAGGACCUCGUUGAGUUAAAGGCGAAGGUUGCCGCUUUGGAAGGCAAUUCGCUGGACUGCAAGCCCGUUGUUGAUGUCAGGCAUCUUGAGGCUAGCUUGCGCAAAUUUUCUGGAGACGAUAACAUGUCUGUGCACGUUUGGAUUCGUGACCUCGAGCUUGCUGCAGUUAAGCACGGAUUAAGCAACUCUCAACGUUGGCUGUUGGGCAAUCGGAUGCUGGAGGGCUCGGCCCGCUCAUACGUGAUGUUCGAGAAACCCGCUACUUGGAAGGAGCUAUGCGAAAGCCUACUAAAAACCUUCGGAUUCCGGAUGACCAAUCACCAGGAGGCAAAGCAAUUACAGAGCCGUUUAAUUCUGGUGAACGAAUAGUUUUAUUGCGAUGCGUCACAUUGCGGAGCAAGGAACCUUCGAGGAAACAGACAUCAUAAAAUACAUUGUUGAUGGUCUGCAGGGCAAUUCCGGAUGCGCAGCGCCAUUGUAUUAUUGCGCUUCCUUGGACGAGCUGCGCGAGAAGAUGAUCCGCUACCAGAUGGUACAGCCUGAGGACAGGCGGAAGACAUAGGGAUUGGUACGUCCAGUUGCACCUCUGCAGCAGGUGCCUGCAACAAAACGUACUCAUGCCGGAGGAGAUGUUGCAAACGUAAGGUGCUUCAAUUGCCGAGCGAUGGGGCACUUCAGCGGCCAGUGCAAAAAAUCGAAGCGCCCGGAGGGAGAUUGUUUUCAUUGUUUCGAGACUGGACACCAAUAUCGGCGGUGCCCUAAGCGUGUGCGAACGGCUGCCCUCAGUACUUGUGACGGACAAGACGAGAAGGAAGACUACGAUGGCGCCGUUGGUGGGAAUCCAUACAUUCAAUUAAUACCGGAAGCCCCGUGAGUUUUGUUAGCAGAGGAGUUAUUCCACAAGCAGUAAAGGACGAACACCUAGUAAAGAGCAGUUUUCGCGGCCUAAGCGGCCAAAAUAUUUUGACAUUUGGAAAAAUUAAGGUCCUUUUGUUUCAAGAAGAAUAUUACAGUAUUGAAACUUUUGUUAUUCCUAAUUUUAUUUUACCUACGCCUAUACUUCUAGGCAGAGAUGUACUAAAACUCUUACCACUUAAAUUAGUCAAACCCAAAAAUGUUAUGAAAACAGAUCUGAAUAAGUUAUCAUUAUAUAAAACCAUUGCAUUAUCUACCGAUACAUUA